AUGUGGCCACAUAAAGCGGGGCUUGGAGUACGACUAAGCUAUGGUGUUUUUGGUAAUCCCAAUGUUGAGAUCGAAUCAGUGUCAAAUAAAAAUACAAUUUUAAACGAUGAGUUGCAACCAAAGGUAACUUUUCCUCGAAAAGAGGGCGAUAGGAGUGAAUUUCAAUAUCUAAAUGAAGUAUCAAGUAAACCGCUCCUCAAGAAGCCACUAAAUCAUUCCGUGGGCGAGCUUUACAAAUCAUCUGUCACAGAUUCCUCGUUUGGAUUUGAUGAUGGGAACUUUGGCACUACCAGUAUACCUUACAAGAUCAUUUCCUCGUAUGGAUUGGAGACCAAAGCUAUUGAUUCACCAAUAGCAUACGAUCCAUGUUUUGGCGAUAUUGUCCAAAUUUUCAAAAUUAUACCAAGAUCUCAAAAUAAAGUAGUUGAUGGUUUAGUUCACGUCACAGGUGAAUCGUUGUCGGUUCUAAGUCUAUCGAUCAGAUUACAAGAUGGUGAUUCAAUAAAACUAUCACCAGCAUAUGAAGUGGAUUUUCUAGAUCAAAUACGACAAGUCAAAGUUGCUGAAAGUAAAGAAAAGAAUCGAUUAACUAUCCUUGUGAGAACUCGUGCCAAAAUAUAUGUAACUACUUGCAAGUUGGCACAUUAUUCUAGUAGUUCCAAAUCUGGUCCUGAUUUCAAAUUGUCAAUAAUUAAAGAGAUUUACUCACAAAAGUUGAACCAAUCGACCUUUGCUGACGUGACUGUGUGUAGUGAGGAUAUUAGAAAAUUCGCUACGGUGGAUGUAAAUGGCAUCAUUUCAGCGUGGAUGAUCAACAAGAGACAUGAUAAAGUGCUGCUAUUGAGUAAUACUGAUUUACAAUUAUUAAUGGUUGACGCAAAUAACUUAUCCCAUUGGUUACGAUUAACUUGGUUGCCUAACCUCAAUGGAAUACUUUUAUCAACAAGAACAAAGAUAUUUCAACACAAUUUCGAUACAGGCAACCAAAAGAUUCUAGUCACUUCGAAUACAUGGUCACGAAUACGAGAUGUUCAAUGUGUAGGAAACAUGAUUUUCUACUUGACAUCAAAGGAGUUAAUUUGGUUACGGUGUGAAACUGAAAUUGAAAGAUUGCUAUCGUGGAGACACUUCCUAAAUGACGAAGAUCCAUCACUUAAAUUAUCAUUGUACACCAAAGACAACUCAUAUUUGUUGUUUAUACAUUCGCAAGCUAGCCCGUUGGUGUUGGUUUAUACCUUUGGAUUUGAGAACGAGAAGCCAAACAGCUUGAGAGAUCCAUAUAUGGUGCAGGGAUCAAAUAUAACUGGCUUGAAGCAAUUGAUACCAUUAGGAAUGAGUGAUGGAAGCAAAAUAGUCACUUUUGAAUUGUCAUCCAAUUUACACUUGCGACAGCGAUGUUUACAAUUUGGACUGUUAACACAACAUCCAAGUAAAACAGAGAACCACAACGAGCUUGAAAAGAAGACAAAAAAGACCCACAGACACAAGCAUCAUCACUUGAAGAAGCUCCAUGCUGCUCUCGUAAAAAGCAGUUCGAAAAUUGAGGAUGAGGAGCUAGUUGUCGCCAUUCAAAAAUAUGCGUCCCUUCUAGGCACGGCACUUGAAGCUGAUGCUCAGGAACAAAGGCUCUCAUCAGGGGGGUUCCACUCGUUAUUGGAGGUUGACCACCGGGCACCACUAGGAAUUCUGGAUUUGGAUGAGUUGGACGAUAUGAUUGCUGAACUUGAAAAUAGUUCACUCACUUCAGAAAUUAAUAUUAAGAGCUUCAUCAAUAAUGGAAUAAUACAAAGAAAUGGGUUUUUAAAAAUACCUCAAGCGCAGACACAUAUUUUCGACAUACAUACAAUGUUAGAAGAAGUGUUUGGUAAAUGCAACGCUAAACGCUCUAUAACCAACUCUGCAAUAGUGUUGGGGUUGUCGCUUAUAAAGUGUCAAGCUCAAACAAAUCGAUUUGAGUCCAAGUUUGAAGAACAGAAAAUAUCGUCUCAUGAACAUAUUCAAGAAAUGCUCAAUGAAUGGGACACUACAACCUCAUCUCAAACGGAUCAGCAAUUUGAUUCUCAAACAUAUAAUAAAUCGCAAAAUGUCCCUCCGUUAAAAUCCAGCCAAAUGGAACCAAUGGAGCCUCCAAAAUUAUCACAAAGCAACAGUUCACAAUUAGGUGGCUUAUCCAACUCUAUCAAAGGCUCUGGAAGUACUCAACCUGCAUCACAGCAAAGAUCACAGUCUCGUUUGAGAGAUACCCUUCGUAUUUCAUCCCAACGCAGUAGUCAAGGUGGAUCACAACCAAAGCGGAAGAAAAAGAAGGGUGGAUUUUAA